AUGGCGGCAACGCAUUUCAUAGCUCCAGAAUCUAAUCCGGCACCGGUGGAUACAUCGGCAUGGCCGUUGUUACUAAAGAAUUAUGACAAAUUGAAUGUUCGUACGGGGCAUUAUACGCCUUUACCGUAUGGCUCAUCUCCUUUAAAUCGUCCUUUAAAGGAGCAUUUGGCUUGUGGAGUGAUAAAUCUGGAUAAACCCGCGAACCCGUCUUCGCAUGAGGUGGUGAGUUGGGUGAAGCGGAUAUUGAAGGUGGAGAAGACGGGUCAUUCUGGAACGUUGGACCCGAAGGUGACAGGAUGUUUGUUGGUGUGUUUGAACCGCGCAACGAGGUUGGUGAAGAGUCAGCAGAAUGCCGGGAAGGAGUACGUGGCGAUUGUCAAGUUUCAUGGUACGGUGGAGGGUCCUGCUGCUGUCCAGAAGGCUUUGGAGACUUUGACGGGUGCGCUGUAUCAACGACCACCGGUGAUAUGUGCCGUGAAACGGCAGUUGCGAGUACGGACGAUUUAUGAGACAAAGUUGCUGGAUUUCGAUACGGAGAGGAAUCUCGCAUGCUUCUGGGUCAGUUGUGAGGCUGGCACGUAUGUAAGAACACUAUGUGUCCAUAUGGGCCUGGUUCUGGGUUGUGGCGCACACAUGCAAGAAUUGCGAAGAGUAAGGUCCGGUAACCUGUCUGAGGAGGAUAACUUGACCAACCUCCAUGACUUGAUGGACGCGCAGUACCUGUUCGAUACAUCGCGGGACGAGCGCUCUCUGCGCAGGCUCAUCAUGCCCCAGGAGCGGCUGCUUGUUGGCAUGCCGCGAAUAGUUGUUAAGGAUUCGGCAGUCAAUGCUCUGACUUAUGGAGCCAGACUUACAAUCCCAGGCGUCUUACGGUACGAGUCAAACAUCGAAAUGGGUCACCAAAUUGUGCUUAUGACCACCAAGGGUGAGGCCAUAGCGCUCGCUAUAGCACAAAUGACCACUGCCACCAUCUCUUCCGUCGACCAUGGCGUCGUCGCCACCAUCAAGAGGAACCUUAUGGAACGAGAUGUCUAUGACGUCCGCUGGGGCUAUGGACCCAGGGCUAAGGAGAAAAAGGCACUCAUCCUGAAGGGACAGCUGGAUAAGAAUGGCAAACCCAACGCCAACACGCCUCUCACCUGGCUUCACCCUGAAGGCAUUCUGCCUCAACUCACUGGUAGUGAAUCCGCGACCGAAAACGUAAAGCCCGAAGGCGUCGUCAAAGAGGAACCAUUCGACGCGACACACAACUCCACCCAAGACCCAUCCGAGACUUCCCCCAACCUUAAAGAUGAGUCCUCAGACGAUGAAGGCAAAUCGAAAAAGUCCAAGAAACACAAGAAGAGCAAACGGUUGUCGGACUCCAAGUCCUCAUCAGAGAAGAAGAAACGGAAGAAGGACCAGUAA